AUGCCAAUGGACGAUUUCGAAAAAGAGGCGUUAAAAGCUCUCGAAGAGCCUGAAAAUCGCCACAUGUUGUUCUUCAAAAGUAUUCUGCCAUCAAUACAACAAUUCACGGACUUACAAACUAUCACAUUUCAAAGUAGAGUUUUGCAAAUGAUAUCUGAAAUGCGAUAUGGAGAAACAAUUCAACCAUGGCAUAGACAAACUCCUCAACCAUAUGGAUCUGACCAAGGAUAUGGGCACACAUCUCAAUAUGAAUAUAAUUCAGCUGGCUAUACUAGCAUUGGCUCAAAUUCAUACACAUCUCCAUCUCAAGCAUCUCAGGCCUCUCAAGAAAGUGGGGAUCAAGAGGAGUUUGAUUUUACAAAUAUUUAA